CCCAGCCCAUCCCUGCCCCAGGCUGUUCCGUGCUGAGGUGGACUGUGCCGGACGGCUGAGUGAGCGGCUAGGACUCGGCAUCGCCGCCUUCCAGGGGCUCUCCAACCUGGCGCUCAAUGGCAUCGUCCUGGGAACCAUCUUUGUCGGUGGCUCCCUGAUGGCCGGAGACCAGCUCUCGCCUGGUGACCUCAUGUCCUUCCUGGUGGCCUCGCAGACGGUGCAAAGGUCCUUGGCCAACAUCUCCAUUCUGAUGGGCCAGGCGGUGCGGGGUCUGAGUGCUGGCGCCCGUGUCUUUGAGCUGCUGAGACUGGAGCCCCCCGUGCCACUGCAGGGGGGAGUCACCAUCCCUGCCCACUCCCUGUGCGGCCGCAUCUGCUUCAACCGCGUCUCCUUCAGUUAUCCCACCCGGCCUGGCUACCCUGUCCUGCAGGACUUCAGCCUCACCCUGCCCCCCUGCCAGACCGUGGCCAUCGUGGGCCCCUCUGGAGGAGGGAAGUCAACGGUGGCAGCGCUGCUGGAGCGGUUCUAUGAGCCCACGGCGGGAACCAUCACCCUGGACGGGCAGGACAUCGCCAGCCUGGACCCCUCCUGGCUGCGGGGACAGGUCAUCGGCUUCAUCAGCCAGGAGCCGGUGCUGUUUGGCACAACCAUCAUGGAGAACAUCCGCUUCGGGAAGCCGGGAGCCUCUGAUGCCGAGGUGUACGAGGCCGCCCGGCUCGCCAACGCUGACGGCUUCAUCCGCAGCUUCCCCGAUGGCUACGACACCGUCGUGGGUAUGGCCAGGGCGGGAGGGGGUCAGGCAAGUGUGGGCCUCCAGCCGAGAUGGUCCCGGCCCUGCGGGGACAGCGGCUGCCGGUCACCGCCGAUGUUGGGCUGUGCCAGAGGGAGCUGCGGCCGCACCGGGCUCUGAGCGGCAGGGAUGGGGUUCGGGUGUGGGAGGUGGGGCUCUCCCCGGG